UCUGCUGUUGUGGACCUGAUCUAUCAUUUUCCACAUGUAGUAGACUAGAAACGUCACAGUAACAGUAAAAUAUCCUAUAGUGACAGUAUAGUGCCUGCGAAUUACUGUUGUUCCAGAAUGAAUGUCCUCAAUGUUGUUUCCUGCUGUCUCCUCUCAGUUCUGUCUGCUGUGGCUUCACCUCCCAGUCAGGUGGUUGUAGGAGGACACGUCACUUUCUCCUGUUCAUUCUCAUGGGCUUCAACCAACAACAAGUACUUCUGUAAGGAGACGUGUUCUGGUGAAGAUAUUCUGGUUGAAACUAAAGGGAGCAGGAAUGUAAAUCAAGGUAGAUACAAUAUAACAGACUAUGGAAGUGGAGACAUCACUGUGACCAUCAAGGACCUGAAGAAGUCAGACUCUGGGACAUACUGGUGUGGAGUGGAGAGAUCUAUAAAGGACUCAUACCAAGAGGUGCAUCUGACAGUUACUGAUGCUCCUCCCACUACUAAACCAUCAACUGUCCCCCCAACAUCCCAUGUCUUCACAACCCUCCCAAACAUCCCUGGAACCUCCCCAAACGGUUCCAAAAUGUUUCUGACAUCUGCAGCAGAUGUUCUUCCCUCAGACUCUCCUGGAGCAGGACAGAACUCUACCAACAGACUGUCUACUGGUCUGAUGGUGUGGACCAGUGUUGGUCUGGUAGUCAUGGUGAUUGGACUGGUCCUGCUCCUGUUCUACAAAAAGAGGAGAGACAUCGAGACAUCCCCACCACUAAUCCACUCUAACACCAACACUGCCCCUAGUGGACAGGAGAUGAAAAGCCUGAAACCAACACCAACUCCACAACCAGUUUACGAUAACGUUAAUACUGCCCAUAAUGGAGACAAGAGAAGAAGGACGAGACCAACUCCACCUCCAUUAGCCUCCUCAAACAUCAACACUCCCCCUAGUGGAGAGGAGAGAGGAAGGAGCAGACAAACCCCACCUCCACAACCAGUCUAUAAUAACAUCAACACUCCCCCUAGUGGAGAGGAGAGAGGAAGGAGCAGACAAACCCCACCUCCACAACCAGUCUUUAAUAACAUCAACUCUGCCCCUAGUGGAGAGGUUAACCAGUUGUAUGAGAAUACCAGAAAGCUGAAAUAAAAGACACACGUAGUCUUGCCUCUAAAAUCUACACUGUUGGUCCUGUCUUUACAACCUACAUUGUUGGUCCUGCCUCUAUAACCAACUCUGUGGGUCUUGCCUCUACAACCUACCCUGUCGGUCCUGCAUCUACAUCCUACCCUGUUGGUCCUGCCUCUACAACCAACUCCAUUGGUCCUGCCUCUACAACCUACUCCAUUGGUCCUGCCUCUACAACCUACCCUGUUGGUCCUGCCUCUACAACCUACCCUGUUGGUCUUGCCUCUACAACCUACCCUGUUGGUCUUGCCUCUACAACCUACCCUGUUGGUCCUGCCUCUACAACCUCUGAGUUGUAGAGGCAGUUGAUCAGUUGUUCAUUGUCUGAAAAUGGAUUAUAGACAGACUGAAUCUCAAAUUGCACACUUUAUGCUACGCACUACAAGUAGCCUAUGUACUUAGCAGAUAAUGGUGAAGAACAUACUGUUUAGUAUAUUGUAUGCUGGUGUGCCGUAUUGGGGCCGAUUGGGACCUUCUACUUCUUAAAAUUGUGUCUCAAAAUUUGGUCAUGCAUUAACAUCACGCCUGGUUUGAAUAUUUAGCUAGACACC